AUGAUGAUGAGCAAUCUAAAACUCGGAGUAGACGUGAUCGGAGCACACAAUCUCUUCCCAAAAGACGGUCAAGGAACCUCAAACGCUUUCGUCGAGCUAUACUUCGAUGGUCAGAAGCACCGAACUACGAUCAAAGAUCGAGACCUAAACCCGGUUUGGAACGAGAGUUUCUUCUUCAACAUCUCAGAUCCAUCUCGUCUCCACUAUCUCACUCUUGAAGCACAAGCUUAUAGCCACAACAGAUAUACUAAUGGACGUUCCUUCCUUGGCAAGGUAUCUCUCUCAGGGACCUCUUUUGUUCCUCAUUCUGAUGCUGUUGUUCUUCACUUUCCCAUGGAGAGACGUGGGAUCUUCUCUCGCGUGAGAGGUGAGCUUGGUUUGAAAGUUUACAUAACCGACGAAGCAUCUUUAAAAUCCUCUUCCGCUUCAAGUAAUCAUCCAGAUAGCCUAGAUCCGGCAGUUUCAGCAAUGAAGGCAGAACAUAGAUCAGACAGACGACAUGUGUUUUACAACCUCCCAAACAAUGGUCAAGAACAUCAACAACAACAUCCACAAGGACCUAAUCAUUCUUCUUCCUCCGCCGGUGGACCGGAUCAUCACAACGAGCAUCAUCAGCAUUACGUACCAAAGCAUCAGGCAGACGAGAUGAGACCUGAACCAGCACCGCCUUCAAAGCUAGUCCAUGCGCAUUCUAUUGCUUCAGCUCAGCCUGCGGAUUUUGCACUUAAGGAAACAAGCCCGAAUCUCGGUGGUGGAAGAGUCGUUGGUGGGCGUGUUAUCCACAAAGACAAAACCGCUACGAGUACUUAUGAUCUUGUCGAGAGAAUGUAUUUCCUCUACGUCCGCGUUGUCAAAGCUCGUGGGCUUCAUACAAUGGAUAUAACAGGAAGUGUUGAUCCUUUCGUGGAGGUAAGAAUAGGGAACUACAAAGGAAUCACAAGACAUUUUGAGAAGAGACAGCAUCCAGAAUGGAACCAAGUGUUUGCAUUCGCAAAAGAGAGAAUGCAAGCCUCGGUGUUGGAAGUGGUGGUUAAGGACAAAGAUCUUUUGAAAGACAAUUAUGUCGGAUUUGUUAGGUUUGACAUUAACGAUGUCCCUCUUCGUGUGCCUCCGGACAGUCCUCUUGCUCCACAAUGGUAUAGAUUAGAGGACAAGAAAGGAGAGAAGAUCAAAGGUGAGUUAAUGCUCGCUGUUUGGAUCGGUACACAAGCUGAUGAAGCUUUCUCUGAUGCUUGGCAUUCUGAUGCUGCAAUGCCUGUUGAUAGCAAUGCAGCUAUCUCAGCGGUUCUACGUUCAAAGGUCUAUCAUGCUCCACGUCUAUGGUACGUGCGUGUGAAUGUGGUCGAAGCGCAAGACUUGGUUACGACCGACAAACAUAGGUUCCCGGAUGUUUAUGUCAAAGCGCAGCUAGGAAACCAAGUCAUGAAGACAAGACCAUGCCAAGCUCGAACCCUUGGUGCGGUAUGGAACGAAGACUUUUUGUUUGUUGUAGCAGAGCCGUUCGAAGACCACUUGGUUUUCACCGUCGAGGACCGUGUUGCUCCGGGAAAGGACGAGAUUCUUGGCCGUACUUACAUUCCUUUGAACACCGUAGAGAAGCGUGCUGAUGACCAUAUGAUACACUCUCGCUGGUAUAAUCUAGAGAGACCGGUUGUUGUAGAUGUGGAUCAGCUCAAGAGAGAAAAAUUCUCAAUGAGGAUUCAUCUACGUGUUUGUCUUGAAGGAGGAUACCACGUUUUGGAUGAGUCGACUCACUACAGCAGCGAUCUCCGCCCAUCUGCGAGACCACUAUGGAGACAACCGAUCGGAGUUCUCGAGCUCGGGAUCUUGAACGCUGUUGGACUCCACCCGAUGAAAUCAAGAGAAGGCAGAGGAACUUCUGAUACGUUCUGUGUUGCUAAAUACGGCCAAAAAUGGGUAAGAACAAGGACAAUGGUAGAUAACUUGUGUCCCAAGUAUAACGAGCAGUAUACAUGGGAAGUAUUCGAUCCAGCGACAGUUUUAACCGUUGGUGUCUUCGAUAACGGACAGCUAGGAGAAAAAGGAAACAGAGAUGUGAAGAUUGGGAAGAUCCGUAUUAGGUUAUCUACUUUAGAGACCGGACGUAUCUACACACAUUCAUAUCCGUUGCUUGUUCUUCACCCUACCGGGGUGAAGAAAAUGGGCGAGCUACAUAUGGCCGUGAGGUUCACAUGCAUCUCGUUCGCAAACAUGCUUUAUCAAUACUCAAAACCGCUGUUGCCGAAAAUGCAUUACGUAAGGCCGUUUUCGGUUAUGCAGCAGGACAUGCUCCGACACCAAGCGGUCAACAUAGUGGCUGCAAGGCUAGGAAGAGCGGAGCCUCCACUGCGGAAGGAGAUCAUUGAGUUUAUGUCGGACACAGAUUCGCAUUUGUGGAGUAUGCGUAAGAGCAAAGCUAAUUUCUUCCGGAUGAUGAAUGUUUUCUCCGGCGCUAUCGCGGUUGGGAAAUGGAUCUCCGAUAUUUGCUCGUGGCGAAACCCGAUCACGACCGUUCUCGUUCAUGUUCUGUUUCUGAUGCUUGUUUGUCUCCCGGAAUUGAUCCUCCCGACGAUGUUUCUCUACAUGUUUCUGAUCGGACUCUGGAACUACCGGUUUAGACCGCGUUACCCACCGCACAUGAAUACGAAAAUAUCUCAAGCAGAAGCGGUCCAAGCAGACGAGCUUGAUGAAGAGUUUGACACAUUCCCAACCACUAGAAACCCUGACAUGGUGCGGUUAAGGUAUGACCGGCUAAGAAGCGUGGCCGGGAGGAUUCAGACCGUGAUUGGAGAUCUUGCAACGCAAGGAGAGCGUUUUCAAGCACUUUUAAGCUGGAGAGAUCCACGUGCAACGGCUAUAUUUGUUAUAUUCUGCUUUCUUGCGGCUAUAGUUUUCUUCAUAACUCCGAUUCAGAUCGUUGUGGCGUUGGCAGGUUUCUUCAUGAUGAGGCAUCCGAGGUUCCGUCACCGGCUUCCUUCUGUUCCGGUUAACUUCUUCCGCCGGUUACCCGCUCGAACGGACAGUAUGCUUUAA